GCACAAGCCAUACGUCAUUAUUAUGCGCUUCUUCCUCCCGGAAGUCAGGAAAAAAUGGCGUCUGCAUCAGAUCAGCAGGUUGAGGGAGAUGCAGAGCUGGAUGAAUUAUUGGACAGUGCCCUUGAUGACUUCGACAAAGCAAAUGUUCCACCUUCUACCUCAGAGGCGGCUUCAGGUUCGAAUGCAGAGGAUGCAGAUGGGAAUAAGCCCCCGCUGUUGGAGGACAGCCAAUUUUUCGAGACCCUGUUUGAAGGAGAGAUGGCGAACCAGGCCAAAGAGGAGUGGGAGAAGGCCAUGGCGGAGCUAGCCCAGGAGGAACCAGAACUGCUGCAGCACUUCCAGAAACUGUCCGAAGCAGCAGGCAAAGUUGGCACAGACACAGCUUCACAGCAAGAGUUUACUUCCUGUCUGAAGGACACCCUAAGUGGACUGGCAAAAAAUGCAGACUACUUGCAGAAUUCUGGCUUAGCUGGCGAGGACUUGGCGAAGACUUUAGAAGGAAUGGGACUGGACGACAGUGGUGAAGGUGGAGGAGAGGAUGGGAACAUUUUACCCAUUAUGCAGUCGAUAAUGCAAAACCUGCUCUCCAAGGAAGUGCUAUACCCAUCACUCAAAGAGAUCACGCAGAAGUACCCAGACUGGCUGAGUAGCAAUAAGGAGUCCCUGUCCCCUGAGGAGUUCAGGCGGUUUGAGCAGCAGCACAAGAUCAUGGGGGACAUCUGCUCCCAAUUCGAGAGGGACGGAGACCAAGACAGCUCUUUUGAAAACAUUCUGGAACUCAUGCAGAAGCUGCAAGACCUUGGGCAGCCUCCCAAAGAGUUGGCAGGAGAAGCACCCCCUGGUCUGAACUUCGACAUGGAGUCUUUGAAUAUCCCAGGAGUUCCCGGGGCAGGACCUGCCGAUCAGUGCUCAAUCAUGUGAUCUGGCAGACACUCUGUCCGGUGUUUGCAGUAACUGUCUCACCAAAAGCUUCAGGAGGUCACGGAGGCAGAAGUCGGACCCUCAACUGACACAGUCUGUUUCGUUAUGAGUACCCCAUCAAGAGGGAGCUCUGUGUAUACCACCGUAUGUUCUGGACACAGGCAAGACCACAAUCCAGGACUCACUCCCGACCAAACAACAAUCUCCUCUCCUCACUUCCUUGGUCACUCACUCGCAAGCAGAGAGCUGCUUUUGUAUCCAUGUAAAUUGAUCAUAAUUCGCGGUCUUCGAAUUGGCUGUAAGGCGAAAUAAUUAGUGGCUUAUAGGCGUUGCUCGUCCAUCUCACUGUGUUGGAUGACAUGAUAAAAGAGUUAGCAGGAUGUUGGAAGCAAUGCUGCUCAUGACCUGUAAAGGUGUCUUAAGUUCAGUUUGAUGAGCUGUGUGGGUGUGGCCGUAGUUUCUGUGUUGAAGACCUGAGAUUUAUAUCUACUUCUGAGCUCUGUCUAGAACCUAAUUGGGGUCGGGAGAAUGAUGGCAGCCACUAAGUUUGAUUUCAAGGUCUCAGAACGUUACGCACCGGCACGGUUGUAAAUCUCCGGUUGCAAUAACUUGAAAAAGUAAGUUAAGUAAAGUAAAGAACUCCUCUCCGGUGGUCUUCUGGUAAUGACACUAUGGCAAGCUUGUAAAAAAAUACUGUGGCAUAUGUGUAUUGUUUGUUUUGUCUUUUGUGUUGAGACCAUGGAGGUAAUUGGCUAUUAUGAAGUAUAUAGAUAUAUACAUAGAGUUUUGAUCAUGUUUACAUUAAGCUGCUUAUUCAAAAUUCAAAAAAAAGGAAAAAAAGAGCAAUUUUUUAACAUUCCCAUUCCAUGGAUAAUACCAUGUAAACCCAUCGAAAACCGCAUACUGAUUCUGUUUUGAGCUUGUGUGAAUCCACAAUGGUGUAAUAGACAGAGUUGAAAGGGAUAUUAUGAUUUGUGUGACUGCGCACAAUAACACAAAUACCUUUAAUUAAUUUGGGGGAAAAAACAUUUUGUGAUCUAAAACGAGAUUACAUUUAAAAUGUAAAAUGUCUCUGUAGAGUGAAUCAUCUCAAUCGGUGGGAAAUUUAAUUGAUGUGCCUCCUGGUCCACUGUUUUGUACAGUAUGUUGUACCCAUUGUAAUAAUGUAUAGACAUGUGUGUCCUGAUUGUAAGUCGACCUGUUUUGGUAUUUUAAUUUCUGUUGUAAUUUAUCUGUCUUUUAAUUUUCCAUUCUCACAGCUAUCAAGCCUAUGACAGUUCACAGUUCUAUCAAAGAAGUGGAGAAAAUCUACUCUAGCAAUAAUCACACUGUAAAAUGAAAUUGUAAAGGUAAAUGAAGGGUAGGGCCUACCGGUAGUUAUACAGCAGCACUCUCUCACCCAAACUCCAGCUGAGGAGCCUGUUACAAAGUUUUAUGCCCACCACUUUUUUGUUAAAUGAAUUAAAAAUUUAAAUCUA